GGUCAUUUAAGCACGAGACUGUAAUUUUCAUUCUCUGAAUCAUUUAAAUUUAGACAUUGGCUUGAUGGCCCGUAGUUUCAAGAGCAAAUACUUGUUUAAUAUUAUAAACUGGAAAAAGAAUGGUCAUCAAUUUCUGAUGUCAUGUUUAUUUAUUUUUUUAUAAAUUGGAAUUUUACGGUUUUCGUGUGCACAAGAUUGUUAGCUGCCCUUGCUUAGCGAUUAAAUAAUGCGCUUAAGCACUUAAAGAAACGAGGUCUCAUCGACUUGAAAAUGGAAAAUAUCCUAUUGCGUGAUGACGUCAGCAAAUGGAAUUUGAUCAUCGCGAUAAAAUAAAAAUGGGAUGGAAAUGUUAUGUAUAAUCCAAUAUUUCUCGAUUGCUUCCACUGCUGAUUGUGUCGCUUGCCUCUUCCUUUUAUUAAAAAAGGUGCAAUUAUUGAAAACAGUGUGCAACCAAGAACGCAUAUUCUUCAAAAGUAGAGUUGAGAGCGCUGCAUUAAUACAGCGCUAUCGUUAAGACGAUAGCUUGACGUCAGAAUGGCGAGAAACGAAGCGCGUGCAUUUUCCCGCCAUCGCGUUGCUUUAUUCGUUUGCGCGCACAGUCAUUAAGACAGCCCUCAUUCCCGUCAUCCCUCUGCCGUCGUAAAUCUUAAGAUCGCUAAUGUGAACGUGAGUGACCAUUUGUAGUUCGAGCCUCGUUAUGACGCUAGUGUGUCAUCUUCGCGUCAAUGACGUCACAAUAGUGGCUUUCUCGUGGCCUUGUUCAUGGCGACUAGACAACUUGUCAAUGCCCUAGUUCUUGUGGCGGUUGUCACGCUAGUCCACUGUACGUACGCUAACACUCCAAGCCCAUCUGCCACUGACUUUAUAGGAAAGCUUGAUGGACGACUUGAAGAACUGCGCCGGGACUGCUUGGGCGUUGAUAUUAUUCAGAACGAGGUCGGAAACAAGGUCAGUAGUGCGUCGCGCAUAGAUGGCAAAAAGGUCAUCCGGGACCUUGUGGAUCUAUUGAGGGAGAGGUUUGAUGAGCGCAUCGCGGCACUAAAUGCGAUCAAGAAGGGAGUGGAAGAGGACUAUGCUGCCGUAAAAGCGUCAGGUGUUUUAAAAGAAUGCUGCAAGCUAUUUCCAUCCUCAUUAGAAUAUCAUGCUCGGUUCAAGUCCAAAGCGAACAGCAAAAGCUUUUGCGAAGCGAAAGCCAAGAGCGCAGGAAACGUACGAGUGCUUGGGGAGGGGAUCUACUCGGCCAUGUCACGCAACCUAAAACAGAACCAGAGACUAAAAUGGCAGUUUUUCGGCUCCAAGGAAGGCCUAUGCACGAUCUACCCCGCGGCUCCCCUGAAAGAAUGCCACGCCUACGAUAACCGCUUACGCCCCUGGUACACAUCAGCAGCCUAUCCUUCAACCAAGAAACUCGUCAUCGUCCUGGACACGAGCUCGUCCAUGGCAAGCCGAGUGGAACUGGGUACGAAAAGGCGCACGCGAUUGGAUGUUGCCAAGGCAGCGCUGUCAACAAUACUCAGCACACUUCUUCCACAAGACAAGGUUGGAGUAGUUCUCUUUAACUCAAAGGUUACACUCGCCGGUAGUAGCGGUGUGGAUGAAUGCUACAGCACGCGGCUAGCGCCCGCCGGGCGCUUUAACGUGAACUAUCUCAAGGAUUUUAUUAACCGCAGUAGACCGGGAGGUGGUACACAAUACCAGAAUGCUUUUAAAGCGGCCUUUACCCUCUUGAAGAGCGCAAAAUCUGGUGACGGGGGCGGUGAGCAGUCGUUUUUGCUAUUCCUGACCGACGGUGGGCCCAAAGACGAUGCUCUUGCGGUCGAACGUUUAAUCGCGCAGAACAAAAAGGAAAUGGAAGAGUCAAGAGAGCGCGUAACUAUUAUGACUAUAGGACUCGGUAAAGAUGAGCACAUGAAGAACUUUCUCGGCAGACUCUCCAAAAAUGUGGGUAGCAAAUACUCGCAAGUGGAUAACGAAGCCCACAUGUACAGCGCUAUUCACGACUACUACAGCCAUCUACAAGCGAUGGCGACCAAGGCCACAAAGAACUAUAUUCUAUCCCCGCCCUACGCUGACGCCUGGGGACUAGGUUUAAUGAUCACAGUAGCGGUGCCAUGCUUCAGCAAGGGAGAAUUUGUUGGAGUUGCCGGAGUGGAUGUUAUCAUGUCCGACCUCCUCUCUGAAGUGCAAUAUUUUAACCAAGCAGGGUCCGACUCCUUCGCCUUUCUUGCCCACCUCAACACGGACAACGCCCUUUCCCAUCCUCUCCUACCUCCCCCGGAAACGCUGACUAAAGACCCUAGCCUCGUCAACAUUCUAGCACUCGAGCAGGGGGAGGCGUUCAAGCAGUUCUUCCAUGGAACUCUCAAGCAUAUAAAGGAGAAUGAUAUUCGCACCAUAUCGCUGCCUCGGCGACGGCUCAGCACUCCAAAAGGCGGCUUGCAGGCUGAGGGUGUGGCUGAGCACGUGUUGGACUACACCUACUACUGCAGUAGGGUCUUAGAGUACGUGCUGUGUGUAGCUCUACCUGAAGUCGUCACGGACCUUAAGAUCACCGAGAAUAAUGGGGACAGGUUAUAUUAUCAUCGCAUGGAUCUCGUGCAAGAAGAUGAAGUAUGCUCUUACACAGACACGAUUUCCUAUAAAGACAAGGCUGUAGUGAAAUUUAGCGCAAAAGCAUUCCUUAAUCCCCCCGAGUAUCUAGACGUGGAGGAGAACCCAACACUUAUUGAAAAAUACAUGAACCACGCCAACCAAGGACACCAGGAAACCAUGUUCCUGCCAGGAAUUGUCCAGACAGCCAAGCUAAGCAAGGGCCUGGUCAAUUACUGGAUUCAUGGCGAGCACAAGCAGUACCUGAGCCAGAUACCCCGCAGGUUUUUUGGCUCCGCCAAUGGCGUACUUAGGUUUUUUCCAGGGGAACCCUUACCGCGAAACUACGAUCAUUGCAGCAGACACUGGUUCAACAAAGCCAACGCGUUCAAAGGUCAGCUAACCUUCACCACACCAUACCGUGAUCCUCUUGGCGCUGGGCUCAUAGUAACCGCCAGUCACUCCAUAGAUAUAGCGCGUGGUAGCAGUCUCAGUCUUUUUGGGGUGGUGGCCGCGGACUUGACGAUGGAGUUUUUUCAAACGAUGGUAAAGAUGUAUCUUGGGAUUCGCUGCAAAGACAUUACGAGUACGACGUGUCUGUUGGUGGAUGUGGGAGGCUAUGUGGUGUAUCAUCCAAGCUUUGCUAAGAGAGACGUUUUCGAGGACGAGUCGCUUGUGACGGCGAAGCACCUAACGGAAAUCCAUGGAGACAUCGCCGAGUAUUUGAUAUCAAACGGCAUUAUGACCAAGAAGACUUGUCAGGACUUUGUUGAAAGGAAACUUCAAAUAUCUUACGAGAUCGAUAUCGGUGACAAAGAGAUGGUGAGUAACAUCGAAUGGACGGCGAGUAAGUGCGAUGCAUUCAGCCUUGUACGGGUUCCCUCCACCAAUCUGUACGUGUUGGCAGCGUUUGCGAGUAGACAUUCAACGUGUUACGAGAGCGUGCCGUGCGCGUGUAACGUGACGUGUACCACCCAGACUAACGAAGAGUGUGAAUGCCCCUGCCGCAAGCGUCUGGAGUAUAACUACUGCCUUGACGAGAACGCUGAAAGUUCUGUCCCCAUCUGUGCACCCCCGUCAUCAUCCACUUUCACCCGCCCAUCCUUACCUUUGGACUUGGUCCGUCUACCCGACUGCUUCCCCGUGCAAUGUCAGCAGAUCACGACAGAGAUCCAAUGUCGCAAGACAUUUAGCUGUAGCUGGUGCACAUGGGACAAGGCAAAAGAGCUCGGGGUACCCUACUGCGCAGAUAGCAAUGCCUGCUAUGGAGGGGUCGAAGGGCGCGCUAACCCUUUCUUUAGGAAACUCAUCGACUCAAACGGUCUGGGUUCCAAAUCCAACAAGACGACCUGGAGAGGUAAAGUGGUUGAAGCUCUUUCGGUGGCGAAGAAUAUCAUCACGGAGUACUUCCCUCUGGUGGUCGCCACGACGGUCUUGCUUCUCGUGAUGUUUGGGCUGUUUCUUGCUGUGUUUUGUUGUUGUAAGAAACCAAAAGGGUACACUGGGUUGGAAGGGUACUAUGAUGGCGAGGAAGGCUAUGACGGGGAGUAUAAUGGUGAGGGAGGGUUUGAAGGCGAUGAAGCUUAUGGGUAUGAGGAGGGAUACGAUGAUGGUAUGAAGUAUUAUGAGAACAGAGGCGACGAUGACUUCUUUCAGCUUGGAGAAGAGUUCUAGUCUCAAAAUUAAACAUCUUUUUGUACCGCACAAGAAAUUUGUAUAUGGUCUUUAUCAAUAAAUAAAGCUUUAUGUAUA